UCUAGCUCGUAGAACUGUCAACAUUAAAUGGUCUUAGUUUAUUUGUCAUUAUUUUAUGAUACAAAUAAAUUAAGAAAAUAAAUUAUAAAUAAUAAGGGCUUCAAAUACAACGAAGUUGGUUGCUUGAUUACGCUAUGGCAUCAAGCGAAGUUACGAAACUUCAGCAGCAUUUGGCGUUGCUGAAGGAGGAAUAUGGAAAACUGCAAAGUCAUUGCGCUGAAGUUGAGAGGAAGUACACCCUCGCUGCGGCGUCCGCCGGCGACUUGAGUGAAACUAGCUUUGUAGCGAGACUUUUGAUGACAGUUUCUUCGUUGUAUGGAAGAGAAACAUAUUCAGAUAUAACUAUCAAACUACAAAACAAAUCAAUGCCUGGACAUAAGUUUGUUUUAAAUGCUCGAUCUGAUGAUUGGAAUGAAGAAGCAUUGAAAAACCAAUCUGAACUAGAUUGGUCAUCUCUUCCCGACGAUGUUGGAUCAGCCCUUCUCAAAUGGCUUUACACAGAUUUGGUGGAUUUAUCAAGAGGGGAUUCCUUUGCUCUCCAGUUGAUGAAAUCAGCUGCUAGUUUCAAACUAUAUGGCCUUGUGGGCAAGUGUGAACAAGCUCUAAUUGCAUCUGUUGGUGUGAGGACAUGUGUAAAAUUUUACUCAGCAGCAGAUGAAAUUGGUGCCACAGCAUUAAAAGAGCACUGCUCUGGCCUUAUCUCUGCACAUUGGGAUGAUCUCACAGAUGCUGUCGCAGAUAAUUACGAUAAGAAGUUGAAGUUGCAGAAGAGAGAAGAAGUUGUUGUAUGCAAGUUAACUUUGAGCGUUCAAAGUAACGAAAAAUUUCCAAGUAUGAUACUCACGAAUAAAUACGAACAUCUAAAGAGUUGUAACAAAUAUCGUAAACCAAAUGAGUUGCGAUGUUAG